AUGGAUGUAGAAGGAAAGAAAUGGUUGUCGUUUCCGAGGUAUAGUGAAAUAUAUAGGCAGGGGGUGAUAGAUUUUGUUAGAAAUGCAUUUAAAAAUCAUGCCGUAGGAAAUGAGUUGAACUGCCCUUGUAGGAAAUGUAGUAAUCGAUUCUGGAGUGGUGCAACUGCUAUAGGUGACCAUCUGAUAUGCAAUGGACCUUCUCCACAGUGUGUUGAUUGGAUUCAUGAAGUCUCGAUGUUUAGGACAGACCGUGUUGUUGACGAGAUGGAGACUGAUCAUAUAGGUAUGGGAUUAGGAGAUGAGUUUGAUGUCAUGCUACAUAAUACAUAUGGUAAUGUGACUAGUAUUGGUGAAGAUGGAAUUAGAAAGGGAUUAAAUGAUGAUGCGAAGAAAUUUUAUCGACUUGUUAAGGAGGGUGGCCAACCUUUAUAUCCUAACUGUAAAAAAUUCACUCAAUUGAGUUUUAUAGUUAGGCUUUACCAAGUAAAGUGCAUUCAUGGAUUUAGUGAGGCGGCCUUUACUGCGUUACUUGAGUUGAUAAAGGAGGUUUUUACCGAUGUAAAUCUACCAUCGUCGUUUAGUGUGGCAAAGGGUAUGAUUAAAGACUUAAGUCCUGGUUACCAAAAGAUACAUGUAUGUCCAAAUGACUGCAUGCUCUUUUGGGGAGAAAAUGAGAGGCUGGAUAAGUGCACAAAGUAUGGAACAUCAAGAUGGAAACUACAUGAAGAGAAAAUUGAUUCGGUUGAGAACAUGGAUCUGUUAAAAGAAUCUAAGGUCCCAGCAAAAGUAAUAAGAUAUUUUCCUUUAAAGCAAAGGCUGCAAAGAAUGUUCAUGAGCUCUGAUUUCUCUAACUCAAUGACAUGGCAUGCUUCAGCAAGGAAGAAGGAUGGAAAGUUAAGGCAUCCAGCUGAUGGUGAAGGUUGGCAGUCAAUGGAUGCCAAAUAUCCUGAGUUUGCUGUAGAAAUUCGAAAUGUAAGGUUGGGCUUAGCAUCGGAUGGAUUUAACCCUUAUCGAUCAAUGAAUAUUUCUCAUAGCACCUGGCCAGUUGUCUUAGUAAAUUACAACCUUCCACCCUGGUUAAUCAUGAAACCGGAAAAUAUUAUUCUAUCAACCUUAAUCCCUGGCCCUGUUGGAGUAGGUAAUGAAAUUGAUGUAUAUAUGCAACCCUUAAUUGCAGAGUUGAAAGAGUUAUGGGGUGUUGGUGUUGAGACUUAUGAUGCAAGGUCUAAUAGCACAUUUAAGCUACACGCAAGUCUCCUUUGGACGAUAAGUGAUUUUCCAGGAUAUGCAAUUUUAUCAGGAUGGAGUACGAAAGGUAAGCUGGCGUGUCCUUUAUGCCACUAUGAGACCUCAUCAAAUUAUCUAAAAUAUAGUAGAAAGGUUGUCUAUUUGAACCACAGGAAAUUUCUUCCUCCUGACCACAAGUGGAGGUCUGAUAAGCGCAAAUUUAAUGGACAAGUGGAAGUUCUAGCUGCUCCUGAAAUGUUAACAGGAAUGCAGGUAGAGGAGUUGUUGUGUGGUUAUGAGAAUGAUUUUGGGAAGAAACAUAAAAAGCAAAAGUUGGUUAAAACACUUAAACCUGAGGUAGCAAUACCUUUGAUGAGGUUAAGUGCAUUCUUAAGGGGUAUAUGUGGCAAGGUCAUCGAAUUAGAAGAUGUUGAAAAGUUGCAGAAGGAAAUAAUCGAAAUACUUUGUGAGCUUGAAAUGAUAUUUCCACCUGCAUUUUUUGACAUAAUGGUUCACUUGCCUAUUCAUUUAUGCAAGGAACUCGAAUUCGGUGGACCUGUGCAUUUGAGGUGUAUGUUUGGAGUCGAACGAUACUUAUGCAAACUAAAAUCUUAUGUUAGAAACAGGAGCAAACCAGAAGGCUCUAUAGCAGAAGGCUACAUAGCAAAUGAAUGUUUGACAUAUUGUGCCAGAUUUUUUAAUGAUGGAAGUGAAAAUAUAAAUGAUCCUCAGGAUGGCAACAAAGAUGCAGGGUAUCCUAUUGGAUCUGGUAAACAUAAAGAGGGGAAAUCUAUACAUUUGGAAGGAAAGAUCUGGAUCAAGGCUCAUAGAUACAUAUUAUUCAAUUGUGAUAAUGUGGAUAUCGAGAUGCUAAAAGACGAACACCUUCAAUUGGUUCAAAAAGAUGCAAAGUCACAAAAGUUUAAAAGGGAAAGGACGCAUACAAUUGAAUUUCACAAGUGGUUGAAAGAGGUAGUUCAAGAUAAAGAAAAUAUUUCAGUAGAAUUGUCAUGUUUGGCAAAAGGGCCUCUUCAUGCAGCAAAGAGAUUUUCUGGUUAUGUGGUCAAUGGAUAUAGGUUUCACACCAAGCGCAGAGAUCGUAGGUGUACGACACAAAAUUCUGGUGUCUUCCUCACUGCCCUAACCACUAGUUUCGCUAGUGCAAAAGACCAAAACCCGAUAGUAGGAGAUGUAGGUUACUAUGGUGCAAUUGAGGACAUCAUUGAAGUCGACUACUGGGGAGAAUUAACUGUUGUUCUUUUUAAGUGUUGUUGGUACAAAAAAGGUAAGGACUGCUAUGGCCUAACAAGAGUGAACUUUAACCAGCUAUGUCAUAAAGAAGAUCCUUUCGUUCUCGCUACACAAGUCCAACAGGUCUUCUAUAUACAAGAUCCUACUGACAAAAACUUACAUUUUGUUAUCAAGAAAUCUCCAAAGGAUCAGUAUUCUGAAGUGGAAGAUGGGAUGGGUUCAGUUGAACAUGUUGCUGACAUAAAUGUACAUGACGUUGAUCAUGUUAUUAAUUGGUGCAGAGAUGACAUUCCGACAAAGCAAAUACAUGUUACACCUGACGAUCCAGAGGACGAUAAUGCUGAAAUAUUCUAA